GCCCCCCUCGCCCCGGCCGGCUAUAAAAGGCGGCGGCGAGCAGAGUCCCUCACACGCUGUCGGUGGAUCCAGCCAGGCGGGCAGAGCGGCCGGCCAUGAAGCCCGCAGAAUAAGCGCGCCCGGCGGGAGUCGCUUGCUCGUUCCCAAGCAUGUACCGCUCCACCAAAGGCGCCUCCAAGGCCAGACGGGACCAGAUCAACGCCGAGAUCCGAAACCUCAAGGACUUGUUGCCCAUCUCCGACGCCGACAAAGCCAAGCUGUCCUACCUGCACAUCAUGUCCUUGGCGUGCAUGUACACCAGGAAAGCCGUCUUCUUCUCCCAGCCCGAGGCGUCGGCGGAGACCGGGGCCCGCUUCUUGUCCUUCCCCGAGCUGUCGGAGCUGAUGCGGGCGUUGCCGGGUUUCAUCAUGCUGCUUACGGCCGAGGGGAAGCUGCUCUACCUGUCCGACGCCGUCUCCGAACACUUGGGACACUCCAUGGUGGACCUGGUGGCGCAGGGAGACAGCGUGUACGACAUCGUCGACGCUUCGGAUCAGCUCGCCGUCAGGAACAGUUUGUCCGCCGGGGCCGGCCCCGAAACGGAUGUUCUCUUCCGCUGCCGCUUCAACACCUCCAAGUCGGUGCGCAGGCAGAGUGCCGGAAACAAGCUGGUUCUGAUAAGAGCGCGCCGCCUAUCCGCGCCGGCCGCCUCCGCGUCCUACUGGACCUCCAAUCCGGUUUGGGUGUGUUUCUGCUCCCCUCUGGAGGCCCACCCCGCCCGCUGCGGAACGGACGAAGCGUCCGGGGGCGCUCCUCUGGGCGACGCCAAUCUUUUCCUGGAAGGUUUUCACUCCCAGCACGGACGCGACUUGAGGCUCCAUGCUGCGCACGACAGCGUGCGGUCUUAUCUGGGCUACGACGUGGCGGCGUUACGCUCGCGUUCCUGGUACAGCCUCCUCCACCCGCACGAUCUGUCGCACGCCUCGGCUCAGCAUCGCAGCCUGCUGCGAGAGGGAGGAGAGGGCCGAGCCGAGAUGGUGGUGCGCGUGCAAGCCCGGGACGGGACGUGGGUUUGGCUCUACAUGGCGCUCCAGCUGCAGUCGGGAGAAGUCCCCGUGGCCAGCGGCAACUACGUCAUCAGCGAGUCGGAGGCCCGGUCGGCGCGUCGACAGCUGAUCUCCGAGCAGACCCGGCUCAGUCCGGUCCCGAGCUCGGGCCCCGCCCGGCCGGAGAGCCUCCGGUCCCCCGACGCCUUGUCCAGCCCGGACCAGGUGUUCACCCCCGGCAGCGGCGGCGGCCCGUCUGGCCAGGCGUUCGACUUCGGCGCGGCGGCUUCCUCCUCCGACGAACGGGCGGCGCGGACCGAGGGCGAGGCCCGCUCCAGCCUCUCCUCCCUGGAAGAGGACGCCUUCUUCCGGCCGCCGCCCUCGGCGGCACCCUCUCCCACCCCGGUGACGGUGGAGACGGUGUCCGACUUGGACUUCUUGACCCAGAACAUCCUAAUGCCGCCCUCGUUCGAGCUGGACCCCCCGCUGCCGGCCCUUCCCCUGCCGCUUCCGCCCGUGCCCGCCUCGCAGGCGCAGCAGAGCAAAGAGUUUGUGUGCACGCCUCCGUACACCCCCCACGUGGGCGGGGGCACCUUCCCUUUCGGGGAGCCCCUCUUCAGCUUCGACCCCACCGGAACCACCACGCCUCCCCCGUCGGCCACCACGGCCACGGCCAGCGCCUCCGCUUCCUCGGCGGCCCCGCCCGCCGCCGCCUCCGGACCGGCGCCUCCGAGCGCCCCGUCCGCCAAGCUGGCCCUCAGCCUUCCCGCCGCCUCCACGGAACUCCUCUUCGCGUCGGACCCCUGCUGCGGAGCCCUGUACGAGAAACUGCCCCCUACGCCCGACAGCCCGGGAGACGACGACUGCACGGUGAUGACUCUCCCCGAGGUUCGAGGUCCGCUCUACGUGGACGUGCCCCUGGGGCCUCUUCAGUGUCCCCCCGAGGGUCUCCUCACGCCCGAGGCGUCCCCCGGAAAGCAGACUCGCCUCUCCUUCUUCUCCCCGGAGCGCGAAAAGGAGAGGGCGGAGAUCUCCCUGCUGGCCCGGCACAUCAGCACUCUGGCCGAGGGCUUCUACCUGGACCCGCUCCUAUCCAAGCUGUCCCCCUCGUCCGACCCGCCGUCCCCCUUCCUGGCGCCCGUCGAGACGGCGGAUUCGGUCCAGGCGCUGGAGGAGUUUUAUUCCGUCAAAGCGUGGCGGGGCCCGGACCUUCCCCUCUUCCUGGAGGAGGACGUUUCUCUGUUUGAAGAGAGCGUCCUGGAGAGCCUCCUCCCUCAGUACCCCUCUCCGCCGCCCGUCCGGGACCCCGCGAGCCCGGUCUCUCCUCAGAGCCCGCUUCGCUGGCGCCGAGCCUCCCCGUCGGAGGGAGCCGGCCAAUUCUGUAGCGUCCGGUCGGCGCGACCUGACUCGGCGGACGGGUGCGGGGUUGCCGGGGAGGAGGAGCCGGCGGAGGAAGCCAUGGAGACGGAGGAGGCGUCGACUCCGAUGUUCUCUUGUUCCCCUCUCGUAGAGGCUUCUCCUCCUCCUCCGCCGCCGCUCGUCGCCUCGCCGGGGCCCCUAGACGCCUCUGGCGCCCCCGCGCCCGUCACCUCCUGCGCUCAGUCCCUCCUGGAGGAGCUGGCCGCGCUGGAGCCCGUGUUUGGGGCAGGUGCCUCCGUGGCCCCUGCUUUAGGGCAACAACCUGAGUUGUAUCAACUCCAGUGUCAUCCAUCGCCACAGUGCUUCCACAAAGAUGGGAGUGGAAGCAUCCCUCCGUUCUAAAAUAAGUCUGUGACUUACUUCAUCAAGUAUGGCAUAUUGUCAUAUUUUGUGGAGACCCACUUUUACUGCAAAGUAAAACAUAUUUAAGUGUAUAAAUAUACAUACUGUAUAAAGGACUGACGCCUACAUGUCUCUCCCGAGAACAAAAAGAUACUUUUUGUUCCGUCACGAAGCUGUACACUAGUAAAAGCGUUUACGACGCGGAAGCCCGGAGUCGGUCGCUCGGUGCCGGCUGGCCGUGUCAUUUCCCGCUUCAGAUUUGUCAUCUGAACGCGGCGGUUUAACUUACAGACAUGCAUUUGUAUUCACUCGUAGUGAAAAAUAACUAUCUGUUGUGAACAUUGGAAGCAGAAGAAAACAACUCCAUUGACAUUCAACAAUCCAAAAGCAUUAGAGGAAUACACCAGUUAUCAUUCAAAAAAACAUUGAUUUUCAACCUAUGUUGAAUCAUUUAAAAAAUGAAACUAAAAAGUAGGAAUUUCCUCCUUUUAUAUUUAUUAAAUAAAAAGAAAUAUUUAUUUUUAAAUGUAUUUCUACAUCUAAUUUGAUUUCGUUUAAGAUUUUCAGCUGUCAUUUUGAAAUCAGAUUUUUUAUAUUUAGUUUUUUUGAAUCCAUAUUACUUUUGAAGUACUUAUGUAUUCCUCCAGUGCUCUCUCUUUGGUCGCCGUUGACGGCACUAGAUGCCUAAAAUGUUGGAAGUUGGCGUGGAAUGAAGAAACUUUCAUUGUUUGCCUUCAAAGGUAUCGGACAUCUCCUAUUGACAAACUCAUUUCAAUUUACGGGAGAAGGACGUCAGCGGCACCCAAAGAGUAAAUGUCAAUUCCUGAAUUCAAGGGGUUGGUCGAGAGUUGAUUUAUGACUUUUAGCACUUUUUCUUUUGCCAACUGAAAAGUGAUGUGACUCAACUUUUCCAGUUCUAAGCGCACUCUUUUGAAAACCUUUAACAUUCCAUUUCUGUCUGAACUCGUGUCGACUUGAGUGACGUGUAAGAAACUCGGGGAGAGAAAAAAAAAAGCAUGCCGGGUGCCACCUCUCCCCUUUCCUUGUACUGUACAUUUUAGACUUUGAAUGUGAAAGGGUUGCAAAAUUGGCUGCCGUUGACGAGGGCUUCCAAAUGCUCGAUGAACAAACGCCUAUCACUUCAAGUUGAACUCUUCCAUCCAAUCCAAAAGUAGCAAGCUCAAAUUUUGACCCCGCCCACCCCCAAUUUGAGAUCUUAAUUCCUGAAAAAGGCACUUAUUGCGCUGAAGCCAAACGCUCCCACAUUUUUGCGAGCUUCAAUUUGGACAAAGCUUUUUUGAAGAAGCCAAAAUCCAGAUCGGAAUCCAUGACGAUGACAGACAAUCAAUCGUCCUUCUGCUCUGAAUCGAAACGAGUUUAUCGCGAGCGGACGCUCGAUCCAUUUGAAGCGACGAAUCGGUCUCCCCGCCGACGGCAGCCUACGAGUCGAUUUCCGAGGACUAUUUUGCAAGCCUCUCUUCGCACCGCGUGUCCUUUUAGAGGACGUAGCGACGAGUCUCGGGCGCCGUCCGCUUUUGAAGGACCGGAGUCGGCCGGCGCCACUCGUUUCUUUAGCGAGCGACGCGGCUCGAGGACGGCGCUGACGCGCUCGCGUCACGUAGAGUUGUCUACGUUCAAGUAAAGGAUUGAUUCCUAACUAACUUGAUAUAAUACAGGUGUACCGUUAUAUUACUGGAUGUUCUUUUUGCGGACGGACGGUCAAACACAUUUGUAUGAAAGUUUGUACAUAGAGAAUAUACGAAGAGAAGACUCUAUAUAUCUAUCUAUUCUAAAAUGCAGACUGGACAUUGUGGAUCAGUGUUCUAUUGUGUUGCUUAUUUGAAUGUGAGUAAAUGCAUUUCUAAUAAAGUGCACUUAUACGGGCUCCGUACACCUUUUUUCCUGGCUAAUUCCCAUUUUUCAAGGAGCAGUCAAUACUUGUUUCAGGUCACACACACAAAAAAAGAAAAGGUCUCAUGAUACAGAUUUUACCGUGGCAGCAUAGUUAGUGAAAGUGAGAGGUGGACUGAUCCUAAUACUGACAAUUAGAACCAGAAAAUUUCAAACAACCAGAAGCUGUCAUUUUUUAUAUCCUAUUUUGUUAUAAGCAAGGAUUCACUUAUUUCACAUUUAAACCAUUUUUGCCCUAUCAAAACAUUGAAUUUUUUCCCCUCAUGUUUAUUCAUCCGUGUAUUUUAAAACAUGCAAUCAUCAGUCAAUUCUGUAGUCCUCCAUCUUUCACGGAGGACAACCAAAAUGUUCUUUCCAUUUUAUUUUAGCCAGAAACACCGAGUCGAUCCACACCACUGACUUUGGCGGAAGCCAGACCUGGCCAGAAAGCGGCACUUAGGAGCAAAAUCCUAUCAUUUUUCAAACACCUGUCCGAACGCGUCGGUCGUCAUCCCCUUUUUCUUCCCCCCCGGCUCGGCAACAGCGCUGACGCACACGCGUGACGAGACAUAACGAGACUCCGAGUGACGCGCGAGCGGAAAGGGAGGCGCGCCCGCCUAGUCGAAUGACGUGGACGACGCCGGCGCUCGCGUACCUGCCGGGAGGGGAGCGCCGUAUAUGGGCAUUCCGGCACCGCGCGCUAUUCUCAGCAUCCGUUCGGAAAGGAUGCGCUGACGGAAGAAGGCAGAGAGGAGGAGGAGGAGGAGGGGGGAAAGCUAAAUUUAGAGGUACAGUCAAAAGAGGAUGCAAAGGAAGGCAAAUGUGAGCAUUGCAAAUGUUGCAUAAUGGAGUAUGAUUCAUUUCACGUUUUGCUGUUCUACAUUUGACAGCGAUAGCACAGGAGGAUCUUCGUGACAUCAUUGUUUCACAUAUAUCGCAUUGCAUCACCGUGACGUGGGGCAUUUUACAUGCGUGUCGUUUCAUUAUUUGGCUUUUAUCUUGC